UCCCCACCGGCGCUCCACCUCCUCCCACCCCUGCCGCCGCACUGCCAGCCUCCUACUUCCCCCGCCCCACGCUGCCGCCGUACUCCCCUAGGCGCCGGUCGUGCCACCACCCUCCUCCCUUGGCCGCUGAUGGCGCCACGCUCCCCUGCCCCCAGCUCGCGCCGCCGGUCCCCUACAGUCCCCAACACCACCGUCUCGACAUGUCGUCGUGCUGUUUUGCACGGGAGGUUUUUGAUUGCCGUCUCCAUGGCUGCUCUCGAGACUUAAGUGAUAAGCAACCCUAUGGGUUUGAGCUCCACGGAAACAAGAGUCCAUGUGGUGACCAAUGCUACCUUCGAAGAAGAGAAGGAUUUCAAGACAUACGCAAACAUGAUUAUGCUUCUUCUGCAACACAUAAUAUGGAGUCAAGAUCCACCUUACACAAAGUUGGUACUGAUAUGGUAUCUGAAUCAGAAGAUUCAAACCGAGAGGAAGAAAUCAUUAAAUCAAGUAUAUCUCUUGGAACUAGCAGAUCAAAAAUAUCUUUUGAAAGUGUUGAAAAACAUACUACACUGCCUUCUGGGGAUGCUUUUGAAACUGAAAAUGUAUCCGCUUUUGUUCACCUCCGCCACUCGAGGCCAUUCACCACCGCCACCAGUUCCCAUUCAACACUGCCCACACAAUCUUGCGUGUCAACGACGUCCCUGUCUACCCCAUGUGAAGCUUCAAUAGAGUUCAAGACAGAUUAUCAUCUAUCCAAUACAGAAGGAAAAUGGAGUUGGGAGUGGAUGACCUCGAGAUUGUCCAGCCCACCUUCGUUGUGCUUCUCCAGUGCCUUCAUAAUUGUGUGUCGCACAAUACAUGUAUUACUACUGGGAAUGUUCAGAAAUCAGAACUCAAAGAAGUAUUGAUAGCACAACUACUAUAUGUUCAAGGAGUCGGGUUUUGCUCCUGCAUCACCUCAUCUCCUCCGUUCGACAAAAGCCUCAGAUAAGUUCACACUAUUGUUUGGCUCUUUCAUAUAAUUCAUGAGUCCAAACUCCUUCGGUUUUUGUUCCAUGGAAAUUAAAGAAACCUGUAGAACUUUGGGGUAUAAAAUUCUAUAAGUUCAAAACCGGGAAACUAGUAAGUUCAGACAAAAUUAAAACUGUCAAAGAACAUGAGAGUUUUUGUCAAAGAACCAAGGCUUCCCCACGCAUGUACAAACUUUUUAAAUGUGUGGAUUUUGUCAAAGAAAAAACUGAAUGGGUGGCAAGAUGAAUGUAGUUGUUAUUAAGAGUUUCUUUCUGAACUUCUCCUCUUAAUAUACAUGAACUUGAUUAUCUUUUUAACCGGUUAAAUAUACAGGGUUGGCAAGAUGACGAUAGUUGUUAUAGCAAAAAAGUACAUUUUUCUUUAAAACAUUUCUGUUUGAACUUCUCCAAUUAAUAUACAUGAACUCAAUUAUCUUUUUAACAUGUACUCACAUGAGCUCGUUUGGAUUUUUGUGUAUACUUGUAACACAAUCAGUUCAGAUCUCGAGAGACCGUAAGUUAUUCGGCCUUGGCAUCACGAACGGGUUUAGUUCGAUCUCGCACAAUGGGCUAGGUCCCCGAUGGUGUGUCCGUCAGUUCUACUCACACGAGUGGACGUCAGAUCACACAAGUGGGAAGGUCCCCGAUGCUCGAUCCAGGAGGUGCUAGCUCACGCUGGCUGGAACUAGGAUGCAAAAGGGUUGAUGGACCCAUGCUGCACAAGCACUGCGCCAUGCUUAAUCCAACCCUGUGGCUUCAGGGUGGCCGAGUUCGUCGUGACCAUCAGUUCGGAGACCUGUGUCACCGCCCGUGUCGCUACUAUGGCCACCUGCAUCACUGCGUGAUCCAUCGUCUGAGAUGCUCUGUUCUAUGUUAGUUUGUAAUACUUUGGCUGCAAUACUUUGGUCGCAGUGUACUUAUGUAUCUUUUUCUGGCAGGAGCACGACCAGAGCUUAUGUCAGUAUGAACUUUGAUUUUGAUGGUACUACAAACUCUAUAAAAACACCAACAAUCCAUUUUUACUGGUACUUACCUUUUAUACAAUUCACAUAGAUUGUGCCCCUAUUACCAAAUGUGGUACAAAAAUGCACUAUGCUCACAAUUUUAUUUUAGUUUGUUAGUUUGUAAUACUUUAAAGAGAGGAGGUAAAAGUGAACCAUUCAGUUUUGUAUUAGAAAAAGUGUUAAUGUGAGAAACUUCAAAAACAUCUUGUUUAAUAAGUUCUGCUUGUUCUGUGUGUACUUUUUGAGAUAAAAAUUGUAUGGUUCAUACAUUCUCGUCGA